UACUUCUAGCAAAAACCAAAUAGGUAAAUAAUGCUGUCAUUCAUCAAGUCACCCAACGCAAAUACAGUGUUCUUAGUGUUCAACGAUAGUAGAAAAUUUGCUCUGUGACUCACGCAAGAUAAAAAUUUAUAUGCUCUAAUUUUGAACCAAGAUCGACGAGAAAAUAGCAUAAAAAUGUUUUCAAGUGGUCCUAACUACACGAAAUUAAAAACCAAUCUUCGAUUGGCAGUCAAUAGAUUAAAACUGUUGGAGAAAAAGAAAACGGAAUUAGCCCAAAAAGCUCGGAAGGAAAUAGCAGAUUAUUUAGUAGCUGGAAAACCUGAGCGUGCCAAAAUUCGAGUGGAACAUAUAGUGCGGGAGGAUUUCCUGGUGGAAGCAAUGGAAAUAGUUGAAAUGUACUGCGAUUUAAUUCUAGCUAGAUUCGGAUUAGUCACACAAAUGAAAGAAAUCGAUGAAGGUAUAGAGGAAGCAGUCAGCAGCAUUGUUUGGGUUGCACCACGACUGCAAGCAGAUGUGCAAGAACUCAAAAUAUGUGCUGAUGUAUUUACUAUUAAAUAUGGAAAACAGUGGGCAGAGUCAGUACGAGCGGCUAUUCCCCCUCAUAAAGUCUCUGACAAACUAAUGCAUAAAAUGGCAAUACAAGCUCCCCCGAAGCUACUGGUUGAAAAAUAUUUGAUCGAAAUUGCAAAGAUUUUUAACGUUGAUUACGAACCAGAUCCGAUAGUCAUGCAGAGUGAUAAAACGAAUUCUGGGGAUAGUAUACUUAUAGAUCUGUCGGAUCGAAACAAUCUUGAUGGUGGUUCUCAUGGUGGAUCAUCGUCUGGGGGAGGAGGUGGAACACCAGCUCCACCCGGAUUCAUAGGUUACCCACAGCCUCCAAAUUUACCACAGUUACCUAUUCUACCACCGACUGUACCUUUCAGCUACCCGGGUUCUAGUGGACAGAACUUUGGUUCUGCUUCAGCGCCACCGUUUAACUAUAAUAUUCCGCCGAAUCCGUCUGUACUACCUACAAAUGAAGAGAAAGAUUUGAACAUAAAUUCAAACUUUUUGAAGCAGGAAAAAAAUUCAGAUUUGGAACCUCCACCAUCGUACGCUUCGCUAAGUCCAGACGAUAAUAUGCAGAACUCUUCAAAACCCAAACCCCAGCCACGGUCAAAGUUUUCACCAGAGAUGAAUUACCCAGUUCUGCCAAACGUUCCUUCUGAUUUGCCGGAUAUACCCAAUGAUGAUAAUCCGGAUGUAGGUGGAAACGAUCGCGAUGACAACGAUGAGAUUGAUUUUGAUGAACUGUCCAGGCGGUUCGAAGAGUUGAAAAAAAGAAAGUAAUUUUUUUAGAUGAAACAAAAAUAGUUUCUACAUUUUAUAUAGUAACAGAAUGCAGAACAUUAAAUUUCCCUCAAUUGAUUUUUUAAUUAAAUGUACCUAAGUUUAAAAACUGUAAAAACAUCUCAUGUUAAUAAACAUAAAAAACGUCCUAUA